ACCAGACCGGAGGAGUGCUACAAAUCGUUUCGCAGGAAUGUAAGGACCUUCACUUUUGGGAAGUUGUACAGACAGCUUGCGACGGCAGUGGAAACUUCGAAAACAUUAGAAAAAAAGUUCUCCUUAGCCACUUUCUAAGACCCGUCAAGGCUGGAUUUGCGUGGACGAUCCUGUUUAACGGACCUAUUUCCAAACCCCCAGCCACAGUGUUGCCAGAGAGAGACAGUUGGGCUAGUGCCUGAACUUCUUGACACAGGGUAGAGUAAAGACCACAGAAAUCCAGAAGCAUGAAGGUGGCCAUACUGAUCGUUGUGCUCAUUGCUGCACACACAAGUGCAGUACCGCCCUGUGAGCUUAAGGAGGUGAAGGAUGAGAACCCCAUAAAAGUGACUCCUUCUUGGGUCUCCCAGGGCUGCUGGAGUGCGGACACCAGUGAAGGAAGAGAAAUCCACUUGAUUAACCUGAAUUUGGACAUGAUCAGCUCGUUUACAAUGGACCUGAAGAAUACAGUUCCUGCAAGCAUCAUCCUGAACAGCAACAAAAACGUCUCCUUGACUUUAUUGAACGAGAAUAUUUAUGCAAAAGUCUACUUGAUAAGGUCAAAUUCCUGGAUCACAGUUACUGGACCAGAUAACACGGUGGACUUGGAUCUUCAUGCAGUCGUUCAGUCAGAUAGCAAUAGUCUUUUAGGCUGGGCAAAGAGCAAGUUUGGCGCCGUGACAUCCUUCACGGAGCUAAUAGACCCCCAGUCCAUCACCUUCAAUGCAGGGCGAGGCCAUUCUCAAGAUUGUGAACUGCAGACAAACUUUACCCAAGGGAAGUACCUGGAUUACCUGCCUGUAAACACGUCAGUGGAAGUGAAAUUUUGCAGGAUCCCGAUGCCAUUAAAGGCGAAAGAGGAAGUACACAUUAUUAGGCAUCUGCCCGUGGACACCAUGACACCAAGAUUAAUCGAAGUGAAUUUCACCCAUCAUAAUCCCUCAACUCUAAUUCUACAAGGUCCUAACACUACAACAUGGAAAAUCAUAUGUCGCAUUGAUUGUAAAUUCAAGUCUAAUAACCCAUUCAUUAUAAUGGGUUAUCAAUUGCUGCCCAACUCUCCUAAUCUCCCAGCCUCAUAUGAAGGUCUCCUGAAAUUUGCAGAGGCAGACAGCAAUACAGCUCCUGCUUCCUACACUGAGAUAUCGACAGACUCAAAAAGGCUAAAAGUGUAUAUGAAGAGUAUGACCAAUACAGUGUUUUCCAUAGCCCCCCAGCUACCCAGCACAAGCCUGCAGACCACCACCAGUCCAAACAAGCCGAAGACGACAAUGCACCUUUACCUUUCCCCGGACUACAGGAGCCCAUCUGAGGGGAUUGUGGAAGUGCUGAGCAACAAAACCAUAUACGCAGAGGUCUCAACCAGCCUUUCAAUGGAGGGUGCUGAACUGGAUAUCGAGAACUGCUCUCUCCGUGCCAGAGCGCUCGGGAUGGAGCUAAAGAGCCUGGAUAUUAAGAAGGAGACCUGCAACCCCAAGACGUGCUCCAGCAGGAGGUUCAGCUUCACCUUAAAACCUGUCCAGGAGCACCACAGCCAGCGCUGGGACCUCCAGUGCUUCACUACUGUUACCUUUAUGUCUCACCUGAUUUCAAGAGAAGGAGUAGAGAGAGGCCUGAAAGUCAUCAAAGCAGUUUCUACCUUGCCGCCCAGGGUAUUCCACGGCCUGGAACUGGGAGCAGUGCUGGGAAUUGCCUUUGCAUCCUUCCUCAUCGGAGCCUGUCUGACAGGGGCUCUGUGGUUCACCCACACACACACUGGUUCUACAGUAAAGCGGCAGCCGGUUCCUGCCAUACCCCCUGUGUCUGAGAACAGCAGUGCAAACCACAGUAUCGGGAGCACCCAGAGCACCCCCUGCUCCAGCAGCAGCAUGGCAUAGGGAGCCCAUCCUCUCCCCUGCCUGACACAGGGAGCCCAUCCUCUCCCCUGCCUGGCAUAGGGAGCCCAUCCUCUCCCCCUGCCUCCUGGACACCCGCACACCGUCACAAACCAGGGGGCAGGGGGACCUUCCACGUGCCCUGCUGGACGCAAGACCUUGUUCGAUGGAGCCAAUAUAGGAAACGCAAAGCCCGUCUCAGAAGCUAACAGCAAAUACAACUUUAAAAGCAGCUAAAAAAGUUAAACUAAUUAUAAAUGACCUUCCUCCUUGAGGGGAAUGAUAAAAACAACAGCCUUCUGAAACAGCAACAGCCUUAUUGAACUGCCUAGCAGCCAACAGAUGCAACCGUGUUACCCAGCAACAGACCACAGAAGAACUAGACGUGUACACAUUCAUAUACUUUGCUCAUAAAAAACAGCCUCGAUCCUACGGAGUCUUUUAAAAUAAAGGACGUAAUCAUAAAUACAGGCAGGUUUAGUAGCUAUACCAGGACACUUAGAAAUCCCAGAGAAAUGAACGUGGCUCAUUUGAUCAACCUUCACACAGCUUGAAGCUCCACAUUGAGCUCACCAGUUUAGAAGGAUCCCUUUGAAUAUAAUGGGAGUCAGAAGCAAGGCUAUGCAGUGUGAUAUUGCAAUUCUCCCAUGAAGUGUCAGCAGGUAAGGCAGGUAAGGCAGGUAAGGCGUGGCUUUUGGCUUGACCCUUACAAUCUGGGGGGAAGGGGGAAUGCAGCAGCAGUAACUUAAAAGAGAUUUUUGACAUUUAAAUGUUUCUAUGUUUUCAUUUCUCACCAGUGUAAUAUCCCACUAUGUGUAUUCUGCAUGGUAUUCCUGUUGUUGCUUAGAUAUUUUUUUGUCAUUGCUUCUGAAAAGACUCCUCAAGGUUGAUUGCCGGUAGUUAAGGUGGGGAGGCAUAUUAGUCCUGUGCUGUGGACUGAACCCUGUGCAACACUGAUAUGCUUCCCCAGCUCACUUGCCUGCAAUCGGAAGCAUUGUUUUGCUGAUAAGCCUGGUAAAUAAUACUCUCAGCAGAAACAACAGAGAAUCGUACAGAACACACAUUCUAGGAUAUGAAGUAUUAAAGAAAUGUAGAUUAUAUGAAGUAUCCCUUCAGGGCCCAGCUGAAUCUAUAGCUGUGUUUUCACUGCCCAGAACCCUCUCUCGUUGAGCACUGUGCCUGUGACUGGCACCCCUUUCCUUCACAAGGAGGUUCAUUCAGGGCUCAGGACUGUAGCAAAAGCUGGAGCGUGAGCGGGAUCCGGUCACUGAAACAUAGCUUUCAAGUGUUGAGAGAGAGACAAGGGCAGCAUGUAUGUGCCUCUUCAAACAAACACUGUCAUGUUGUGCACAGUACUGCUCACUGCUGCACUACAGUAUUUCUUCAGAGGCAGACCAGUACAAAAAAAAAAAAAAAACAGUUAUUCUUUAUGCUAAAUAAUGUAUCUGUGUUUUGUGAUGUUUUUUUUAAUUUGUUUCAUGUUGUGAUGGGUUAACUUUUAAAAAAUGUUAUGAAACUAAAGGGAAAUAAUGCCAUUUAUUGCAGUUACAUGAACUCACUUUCUGGGGGCACUACUGAUUAUUAUCCAGUAGCAGUAACUUAUUUGUUAUAAUGUGGCUGUGUUUAUUUUCGCAAAACCAGCUUUGAGUUAGUGCAAUAUGUAAUUUCAUGCUCUCAGAAGAAAGGCAGCUUAGUGUUCUCUAUGCAGUGGCAUUUCCAGUGACCGUUCAUGUUGAAUGUUAUUCUGUCCCAUUGUAAUACAUCUGCAGUGUGGCCCAGUGUUUGUGGUGUUGUGCCUAAUCUCACACUGCCCAACUCAAAGUCCCCAUGCAUCAAACUGAGAAGAAUUGCAAUGUGGUAUACUGUACAUCAGUGCCAUUGCCAUCAUGAAAAGGACAGCCCUUCACCCAGUGUUACAGUAUACAGUGAAAUGCAACACACUUCCAUGUGGAUAGAAGCCUCCAUAUAUGCCCAGAUUCAGAUUCUUGUUAAUAAUGGCAGGUGCACAUUUAAAUUAAAUUCACCCAUCAGUGAUUGGUUUGCUUAAUUGUACCAGGGCAAUUCUGAAAUUAUUUAAAAAAAAUGUUUUUAAGAAAAUGCUGCAGAACAUUAUUUGCACAUAAUAUAUAAUUGUUGGCCCCCUGUAAUUUUUUGAUGUGUUAAAACAAAGUGAACUAGAAAGCUGGACCAACACCCAAGUUCACUGUCCAUUACUCUCCCCUGCAAAACAGCCAGUCACAAAACAUGUGCACGUUGCCUGAGCAGAUCGCUCAGAAGUAGAACCUGCAAACCGUAAAACACAUAGAACAACUUUCUUCUCACGCAGCUAUGGACCCAGCUGCACACAGAGAAGGUAAAAUGCAUCUACUCAUUCAAAUCACUGUUGUGUCCAAACCGUGCCACCCUUACAGCUCCACACACCCACAACACUGGGCCAGGACUCCUGAGAUCCCACGCCCCCAAUGAGCUCUGAAGACACUCCUCCAGUUUGGAUGCCAGUGUAUUUCAGAUAAAGGGGGUUGUGCUGUACUUCGAUACUGUAACCUGUGUCACUCUUGCAUGUUUCAGAAAGUGCUUUGUUUUUUUCCCCAUCUUGAGUGAAGCCUCAUAAGUUGGCCCAGUUAAAAUGUAUGUAUAUUGUUAAGCUGCCUUAAAUAUAUUGUAAUUUUAUACUGACAUUCUUAAAGAAACAUAACUAAUAAAAAUGACUGGUGAGAUUGUU